AAAGUUAGGAUUAGCGUUAAAGCUAACGUUGUUUACCUUAUGUUGGUAUCGUAUCAGUUGCAGCCAGUGUCACUUUGCCUGGUGUUUGUGUCUGCUGAAGAUAAAUUAUUAAGUAGAGGGACGUAUCUUUUAAUACAAAACGAGCUAUGAAUUACUGGCUGUUAUUGCUACUUGUGCAAUAUGUGUAGUAUCUAUGUUACUAUGUGCGGAAGUUACCUUUGGAAGUUAAAGCCCAGGCAGCUGCUCUCCUUCACAGUUCUGUGAGGAAAACAUCUCUAGUGGAACAAGCAAAUAUGAGGGUUGAACUUCUCCCCGCGCUCAGUGACAACUAUAUGUACCUGUUGAUUGACGUGGACACCAAAGAAGCAGCUAUCGUUGACCCUGUUGAACCAAUAAAGGUUGUGGAGGCUGUCAAAAAACACGGCGUUAGACUAACAACAAUUCUGACUACCCAUCACCACUGGGAUCAUGCAAGUGGAAAUGAGAAGAUGGUGAAGCUGAUUCCAGGGCUGAGGGUUUAUGGAGGAGACGACCGAGUUGAUGCACUUACAAAGAAAGUUACACACUCCCACAAUUUCAAACUUGGUUCACUGAAUGUCAAAUGCCUAUUCACACCAUGUCACACCACCGGUCACAUCUGUUACUAUGUGACAAAAGAAAACAGCUCUGAGCCACCAGCUGUUUUCACUGGGGACACACUGUUUGUGGCUGGUUGUGGUAAAUUCUUCGAAGGGACUGCAGAGCAGAUGUACAAAGCCUUGAUAGAGAUUUUGGGACGCCUUCCACCUGAAACGCGUGUUUACUGCGGUCAUGAGUACACCGUCAGCAACCUGAAAUUUGCUCGACAUGUGGAACCAGACAAUGAAGUCAUUCAGAAGAAGCUAGCGUGGGCGAAGGAGAAAUGCAGCAAUGAUGAACCUACAAUCCCCUCCACUCUGGCAGAUGAAUUUACAUUUAACCCUUUUAUGAGAGUAAAAGAGAAGUCUGUGCAAGAUCAUGUAAAGCAGAGUGACCCAAUUGAAACCAUGAGAAGUCUCCGGAAAGAAAAAGAUGGUUUCCGCGUCCCAAAGGAGUGAUUCCCGCUAUACUCUUGCUGAUGUUUCUGGAUAAUGUCUGACUACACUGCAAGCUGGCAAUAAUACACAAAAGUUAAAGAUUUUCAAAGCCACUUGAAAUAGAUCUAGAUUUACUGAGUCAAGGCACACAAUCUUAAUUAAGUUCAGCUCUAAUGUGGCUUCACUGCGUCCACUACAUUCUUAGUUUUAAUUGGAAAUAGUCUGUCUGCCAUAUGUUUGUCUGAUUGUUUUAAGGAAUAUAUGGCCAUAAAAUGAAUGCUUUAAGUGAAAACAAAAAGUUCAAUCUGUAAAUGGGUUUCAGAAUGUAUUUAGUAAUAUGUUGUAAUAUAUUGAUGUACAAACUACAGUUUCAUUGUGUUAAAACACAAAAUCAUAAAUGAUACAGGGAGAUGCUUUAUUAACAAAUGUAAUUGUAACAUUUCUGUAGAUUUAUAAAAGUCAUUUUUGUGUGUAAAAAGACAUUGUUUUAUUCUGCUGGAAGUAUGUUCAUGCUCCACAGAGAGUUUUAAUUUUCAUUUGGGAACUCGUACCUGUGUACACAUUGUAAAUUCACCACCACUGCUUUUUUUUUCUUUUCCUGUGUUUAAAGUUGUGUGAACAAAGCAUUGUCUAAUUAUUAGUUGUAUGGAAAUUAAAUGCUUGUUGCCUUCAGUGCUCUUUUGUAUGUAAGGUACGGUCUUAGAAACUUGUACAGAACAUUUUAGAAAACUAGUAGAGUAUUGCUUUGUCAUCUUAAGCAAUAAUUAUACGUUUUAAG